AUGGCAUUUAACAUUAAACAACGAAAACAAAAACAAGCUGGUAUCGAUGACAUGGUUCUCCUUCCAAAACUUUCAGAAAAUGAAAUCAUGGAAAACCUCAAAAAACGUCACGCCACUGAUGUCAUUUACACGUAUAUUGGAAAUGUGCUCAUUUCUGUGAAUCCUUUCAAACAAAUUCCAAUCUUUGAUCAGAACUAUAUCGAUCAGUACAAUGGAAAGUAUCCUUAUGAGGAACCUCCUCAUGUCUAUGCAUUGGCUGAGACAGCUUAUAAAAACUUGAAGAACAAUGGAGAUUCUCAGUGUGUGAUUAUCUCCGGAGAGAGUGGUGCUGGAAAGACUGAAGCCUCUAAAUUAAUCAUGCAAUACAUUGCAGCUGUUUCUGGUGAUGGACACGGAGUAGAUCGUGUCAAGAGAAUCAUUCUCGAAAGUAAUCCUCUCUUGGAAGCUUUUGGUAAUGCCAAAACAGUUCGUAACAACAACUCGUCUCGAUUCGGUAAAUUCUUUGAGAUUCAAUUCGAUGACAGAGGUGAUCCUAUCGGAGGUAAAAUUACCAAUUACUUGCUUGAGAAAUCUCGUGUCGUGUACCAACAAGCAGGUGAACGUAAUUUCCACAUUUUCUAUCAAUUGUGUGCAGGUGCUACUCCAGAAGAAAAGGAAGAAUUUGCAACGACCAAUGCUCAUGACUUUUAUUACUUGUCACAGUCUGGUUGUUACACUGUGGAUGGAGUGGAUGAUGCUGAAGAGUAUCAAUUGACUAGAAAGGCCAUGGAUGUCAUUGGUAUUACCAAAGAAGAACAAACCAAUUUGAUGCGAUUGGUUGCUGGUAUUUUGUGGCUUGGUAACAUUACAUUUGAAGAAACUGGAAGAGGUUCAGUCGUUUCUGACGAGAAUACUCUCAACUAUGCUGCUUACUUGUUAAAUGUUGCACCUGACAAGUUGCAAUUUGCUCUCUUGAACAGAAUUAUCAAGUCUGGAUCUGAGGAAAUUACUGUGGCUCAAUCUCCUGCUCAAGCUGCCAACAUUCGUGAUGCUUUGGCUAAGGCCUUGUAUUCAAGAAUGUUCGAUUGGCUCGUCAAACGUAUCAAUGAUGCCAUGGACACCAAGAAGAAUCAAUUGAUUUUGGCUGUUUUGGAUAUUUAUGGAUUUGAAAUUUUUGACAAGAAUGGUUUUGAACAAUUUUGUAUCAAUUAUGUGAAUGAGAAGUUGCAACAAAUCUUUAUUGACUUGACACUCAAAGCAGAACAAGAUGAAUAUCAACAAGAAGGUAUCAAAUGGGAACCUAUUCAAUUUUUCAACAACAAGAUUGUGUGUGACUUGAUUGAAGAAAAGAAUCCUCCUGGAAUUUUCUCCAUUCUCGAUGACACUUGUAACACCACUCACUCGAUGGAAGCUCGAGCUGCCGAUGAAAAGUUUUUGACUCGUUUGCGUGAAGUUGUGAACAAUCCUCACUUUGUCGGUCGUACCAGUGAAUUCUCUGUGAAACACUAUGCUGGUAGUGUGGAUUACAACAUUGAUGGUUUCACAGAUAAGAAUAAGGAUGUGCUUUACAAGACAUUGAUUCAAUGUAUGCAAUCGACUACGAAUCCAUUCAUUAGAAAGUUCUUCCCUGAGAAUGUCAAUGAAAAUGACAAGAAGAGACCGGACAGUGCUGGACUCAAGAUCAAAACCAGUGCCAUUGAAUUGGUAGCUUCUCUCAAACGAUGUGAACCUCAUUACAUUCGUUGUAUCAAACCCAAUGAAACCAAACAACCUCGUGACUUUGAUACCAAACGUGUACUCCAUCAAGUCAAAUAUUUGGGUCUAUUGGAGAAUAUUCGUGUGCGUCGUGCUGGUUUUGCCUAUCGUGCUCCAUUCAAAAGUUUUUACAUUCCUUCUCAGUCCUUUCGAAGAAAACUUGGCCUGUCUGGAGGGGAGAUGCUCGUGAAGGAUGUGAAGUCCUAUUGA